AUGUUAUUUUCACUUAACUGUUUGAUUUCAAGACAAACUCCUGUUGAUAUUUUCACUGUACCUAUUGGCGAAUUUUUUAACAUACAAAAUGACGUACAAAAUAUCACGGCCAAAUUUGCUGAUAUGACCGUUGCAAAUUUAAAAGAUCAACUUUUUUGCACAGAUGAAAUUAAGGAAGCUAAAAUAACUAAAAUGAAUAUUUGGAAAGCCGAAAUUGAACUUGAUAGCCUUGAAGAUAAACCCUAUACCGAAGAAGAGAUUAAAGAUAUUAGCACAAUAAUGAAUCCUGGGUGUAACCUUGAUAAAUAUUAUGAUAAUGACAAAAAAAAGCCUAAAAAAAACCAUCUUCACAUCUUCAUAGUCCCCACCUCCACUGCCACGACAUUGACUUCUAUUCUUUCUUCUCAACAACCAAUCUCUCCUUCUCGACGAGAUUUUGACCACAAGUUUUAUAAUCGUGAAAAAGCUAUGGAUCAAAUUGCAAAGAUUGCCAACAUGAAUUAUGCCAACCGCUUGUCAACUUAUCACCAAAAUCAUUAUUUUAUUCUGGUUCCCGGUGGAUCAGGGAUAGGAAAAUCGCGAGUUGGAAUGGAGUCACAACAUCUAAUCUCCAUUGCAGAAGAGACAGCAUUGAAGAACAUAGGUUCUAACUUGGUCAAGGAUGCCCUCAAUGACCCUUGCUAUAUAUUCAUAGAUUUUAAUAAUGGGUGCAAGUAUCUCCGAAAACUCGAUAAAAUGUAUUUGCGUCCUACAAGUGUGCGAAUAGGAGCUCGUGUUGCAGUGGCUUCAGGCAUUGCGGGCAAGAUUUUGGAGGAUCUGCCGGAAGAAUCACUCAACCUCUAUCGUCUUGAUGAUGUGAUGCAAGAAAUCCUUCACCGCCGUUUCGAAACAACGCAUCGACGUCUUGAGGCUGUCAUCAUACAUAUCGACGAGUAUCAAUUAUAUAUCGAUUACGUUCAACGGGUCGAAAAGGAAGAAUGGGAGGUUGCCCGUAACUUCUUUAAAGAAAUGUUAAAUGAGAUUGGUUAUUUCAUGUCCAAUCAGAAGAUGAACAAAAGUGAGAAUGAAUUCUUUAUCAUUCCAAUAUGUACAGGAACGUCUGCAAUCGACAUUCACUUUUUACAUACAGAAUAUAAUAAAGUUUUGGUACAUCUCAAGCCAUUGAAUUAUUCAUCAGCAAUCAAAAUGUUUUUUGAUAAAUAUGACUCUAUCGAAACUAGGAACAGCGAAAAUUCAUGUGAUAAUAUCUCAAAACAAGAGCAUUUUCGUAUUGCUCUAUUUGAUACUGGCUUUGUUCCAAAGUUCCUUAGUUACUUUUUAACUCCUGAGGCUAUUACAACGAAAACCGAUUGGGGAAAUAAUCUGCAUUAUUUAAUGAAUGCACCUGUUAUGGUUGACCCAGAUAAUCCAGGCUACUGGAAAAAUCGCAAUGACAUCCGUACCAUAGUCUCAUUUGGGCUUACUCGACAAAUUGUUAAGCGAAAUUUUCAGCUACCUAGUAAAACUUCAAUUGGAGACAUUGAACGAGAUGGAUUAAUCUUUCUUGCAAAUCCAGAAGGUUAUCCCGAUGAUGAAUUCAUAAUCAUUAUACCAUUUAUGUUGUUGAAGAUUCUCAACCAAAAGCUCCUACCUCAUCCAUUUUUUCCAGAUGAAUUUCUCCUUAUCCCAACAACAGAUCGCCCUUGGUGGUGGCAAGAUUUCGAAUGUCUUCAUGGAUACUAUCAAAGAGCACUUAUUGAAGCUUUAAUCAAUGUUAAAAAUGCACGAAUUCAGUUUUUAAAAAAACAGCUUACUGAUUCAACCUCUAAGGAAAUCAAUGAUUUGGAAAUUCGUCUUGUCAAUGAGGAGCAAAAGAGCUGGUGUCUGUCAGAUAUCUUUCGUGGUGCAAAAGGCAACGCAAAUCUUCUUAAAUAUCAGGUGAAAUUGCGUCAGUUAGAUGUCUUUAUUGAGAAAAAUAAGUUACUUGUUGAAACAACGGACAUUGCGGAAUUCAAUAGAUUAGUGCUGUGCGACGAUGACAUUACCCGCCCACUUGAAACGGCUAUUUUCCAUUGUGCCGAAGGAUGUGCCAAUAUUGAUCAUCAUUGGGUUUUAGAGUCCGCUUCUAAUGAAAAACCAUUGGCAAUAUUUAUGCAGGAUAAACAUUCAGAAUUUGAUACGAAUGAUCCUACUGUCAGCGGACCCGAACUUAAACGUUGGUAUGAUAAAACACUUCAAUCGGUCAGUAGCUACACUUAUGACUACGACAUACUUCUUGUCUUUUUUACGGUGCGACGUUUUACAGGGUCAAAUCUUUGGGAAAUGCCUUGGUUGCUUCUCAUUGAUGAUGAAUGUAUAGCUGAAUACCUUUCACCGACGUUUGCUCACCGUGGAUUAGUGUCACCACCAGACAAUUAUGACUUAGAGCAAGUCCUAUCUUUUCCUAUCUCAGAUGAGUUUAAAUAA